AUGGACGUCUCCAGCAACCGGCUCUUCCGGUUCUCGAAGCCCGAAUGGCUCAACAACUCCGCCGUCCGCAACGCAGGAGUCUACACCUCCGGCGCCUUGUUCGCAGCAGGCUUCUUCUUCCUCAUCGACGUAGCAUCCUUCUCGCACAGCGCCCGCAACGGCUCAGACGUGCACAUCAAAUUCGUCGACUGGAUCCCGGGUAUCUGCUCCGCGCUGGGCAUGCUAGUUAUCAACUCGAUCGAGAAGUCCAGGCUGCAGGCCGACAGCUUUAGUUACAGCGGGGGCGGGGUUGCGUGGAAGGCGCGGUUUGUGUUGUUUUUGGGAUUUGCGCUUUUGGCGGGUGGUUUGGCGGGGAGUGUGACGGUUAUGGUGCUUAAGUACCUUGUGAAAGAUUAUCCGAUUCAGACGCUGUACUUUGGUAUCGCGAAUGUGGUGGCUAACGGUCUUGUUAUGCUGAGCUCUGUCGUGCUUUGGGUUUCUCAGAAUAUCGAGGAUGAUUACACUUAUAACCUUGCGCUGUGA